CAACCACAUUUAAUAUCCUGACGGUUCAAAAAAAGCGACGAGGUAAAGAACCGUAAAGAAACCCUCGAAGGAGCUUAUAUAUCGCUCACCUAAAAAAAUUAAUUACAUAUUUACAUUAACAUAAAAAAAAUUUAUAACUUAUUCUUCAGAACUCGGACUUCCAUCUGUGGUUGCAUUCAUGUAAUGCUCCGAUUCGAGUUGAAACUCAGCUCUCUAUUUCCCGCCAUUUCGCAUCGCCGUUUCUUGGCUGAUCAUAAAAGAGCCACCAGAUAGAUAGAUAUAUAUCUCUCUCUCUGCAAAAUUUCUUCAGCACGCAAUCAUGGCGGUUAGAAACAAGAACUCCAAGAGCCCAUCAUCAUCGUCGUCGUCGUCAUCAUCAUCAUUCUUCAUAGCUCUGAACCCAUCAUUCUUCUCCCAUCUCCUCUCAAUUUCGCUUCUCAAUUCCCUGCAAUUCACCCCCAAGAAGGCUACUUCAAGAAGAUCCCGCUGUUUCUCCGUGACCUUCGUCUUCUUCCUCGUCUCUGCCGCUUUCUUCUGGAUCUCCAUCCUCACUUUCGCAGCCCUGUGGCAGAGCUCGGACCCCUGCUCGGCAAUUCGUCCCUCUCCUCUGUUCCCGCCGGAGCAGACUCUCAUGGCCGUUUCCGGCGCCACCGCGGUGGAGCCUCUGCUGUUGCGCAGGGAGGUGGUCUCCGGGAACAUUUCCGACGAGGAGAGGGAUUUCUGGAAACAGCCGGACGGCAAAGGCUACCGCCCCUGCCUCCACUUCAGCGACCAGUACAAGAAAGCGUCCCCCGCCAUCGCCGGAGAAAGGAGGCGGUUCUUGGUGGUGGUGGUCUCCGGCGGCCUGAACCAGCAGAGGAACCAGAUCGUCGACGCCGUCGUCAUCGCCAGAAUCCUCGAAGCCGCCCUCGUCGUCCCCGUCCUCCAAAUCAACCGCAUCUGGAAGGACGAAAGCGAAUUCUCUGAGAUUUUCGACGUGGAUCACUUCAAGAACGUCUUGAAAUCCGACGUUCGGAUUGUAUCUUCAUUGCCAUCCUCGCAUUUGGUCUCCAAGCAGACGGUCGAGAAUCGGAUCCCAUUCCACGUUUCACCUCUCUGGCUGCGCGCCAAAUUCUUCAAACGACUGAAUCAAGAAGGACUUCUGAUACUGAAGGGUCUGGAUUCAAAGCUCUCAAAGAAUCUCCCAUCGGAUCUCCAGAAGCUCCGGUGCAAGGUGGCGUUCCACGCGCUGAGAUUCGCCGGUCCGGUUCGAGACAUAAGCCACCGGUUCGCGAGGAGGAUGUGGGCGGAAGGGCCGUACGUAGCGGUCCAUCUCCGCCUGGAGAAGGACGUGUGGGUGAGGAGCGGGUGCUCCGCCGGGCUGGGGGCGGAGCACGACGGGACCAUCGGGCGGGAGAGGGAGGCGCACCCGGAGCUGCUGACGGGGAAGGUGAACGCGACGAGCGCCGCCAGGAGAGCGGCGGGGCUGUGCCCGCUGAACGCGAGGGAGACGGGGAGGCUGCUGAGGGCGCUGGGGGCCCCGCGGGACGGGAGGGUGUACGUCGCCGGCGGGGAGCCGUUCGGCGGGGGGAUGGCGGUGGAGGGGCUGCGGGAGGCGUUCCCGAACCUGGUGACGAAGCAGGGGCUGGCUCGGGAGGGGGAGCUCGAGCCUUACUUGGACAGAGCUUCGGUUUUGGCUGCCAUAGACUACGUCGUUUCACUCUACAGUGACGUCCUCCUCACUUCCCAUGGCGGGAACAUGGCCCGAGCUCUUGAGGGGCAUCGAGCAUUCAUGGGACACAAGAAGUACAUAAAGCCGAACAAGCGAAUGAUGUUCCCGUACUUGGACGAUGCCUCCAUCUCCGACCGAGACUUUGCCACCGCGAUGAGGAAACUGCACCAGAAAUGCCAGGGCCAGCCGGUGACCGAUCACCUGGAUCGCGACGUACUCGCUUCUCCUGUGCCCCAUUGUAUGUGCACCACAUGAAUAUAAAGCUGUGAAUAAUUUGUAGUGCAGAUUUAUGACCCUUUUAGCAGCUCACUAAGGGCUGUGCUGUUUUUCUCCCUUGUGUCUUCUAAUAUACUCUUGUCAAUGCAGUUCUUUUCUUCUGUUUUCUAUUAGAAACUUAAAGAGUACAUUUUUUAUAAAUAAAAAAAAAAGAAAAGAGAAUGCUAUUC